CGUACGGUAUCAGUUACACUCUCACUGAAUGCCUUCAGGCACUUCAUACCUCUUCAGCUUCACACUGACUGAGACCUGCAGAGCGACAGCACCGACCGACCAACCAUGGCAGCCAGGAAAGUGUUUCUCAUCGCAGCUCUGUGUUCACUCGUCAUCCUCGUCACCUUCACUGGCACCACAGAGUCAGCCAGCUGUUGCCUGAGGUACGUCAAGCGUCCGUUGCCUUGUAGACGACUUCUUGGCUACACCAUCCAGAACAUCAACACUGCCUGUGAUAUCAAUGCCAUCAUAUUUCAUGUUCCUGGUCGGUUCGUGUGCGGCAACCCUAACAUGAAGUGGACUCAGAGGGCGAUGAAGUGUGUGGAUGAAACAAGGAGGCCAGUCAAUCGCAUUCCAAAAGAGGAAACUUCUGCUGCCCCAAAGCUGACAUAAACUGUUUUUCCAGAGAAAAAAAAAAGAGAAGAAAAACAGCCCUAACUUCAUAGUAUUUCCUCACAUUCUGCAUUCAGAUCUUGAAAUUACCAUAUCAGGGGCUGUCUAGUGAUUAUUUGUGAUCUUUUCUUAUAUUUGUUCUGUUUUAUAAACAGGGAAGUGUAGUAUUCUUAAUACAGACUAAGCUGUAGUUGUAGAUAUGGUGCAUAAAAGAACAAAAAAGAAGGAAAACAAUAUUUUUGGAAAAUAUUUUUAAUGUAUUUUUUUGAUGUUUAUCAGGUCUGACUUUAUAUUUUUUUAGAGAUGAAGUCAGAAACCCACUUCUCAUAAAGUGAGAGUUUUUACUUGUAAUUGAUUUUUAUCAAUGGAUUUAUUAGAACAAUUUUUGAGAAUACACAUGAUGGACAAACAGUCACAUAUUGUGCCAUUUAAAUGUCAUUUUACUUCAUGAUAACUCAGUAUUACAAGAAAUACAAAAUAUCAAUGCGAACUUGUUGCACAGAGGAGGUAAAGCUUCCCUUUUAUUCCACUUUGAAAUAGCUUAAUUCCACACCGUCUUCUUCAGAGCUCUUGCUUCAUUCAGUGCAAACAUUGUACUAUUUUGCAUCAUUAAAUAUUUCCCCCAAAUGUAACUGAACAAAUUUAGCAUCUUUGCAAAUUUUUGGAAUUUAAAAAUAAAGUUUUGUGGGUUUGAACAAA